AUGUAUGUGAAUGCCAACAAGAUGUGUGAUGCCUUUCAAGUGUGUGCUGCCUUGGAGAAUGUGCUGAUUUUGCAGCGUGUGAUGAUUUUGAAGCAUGUGCUGUCUUGCAUCAUUGCAGCCUUUGCACAGCAUGCUGGAUUUUCAGUGUGUGCUGUCUUUGCAGUGUGUGCUUUCUUUAUGGCGUUUCCUGCCUUCUGGUCCUGUGCUGCCUUUGCAGCACGUGAAGCCAUUGGAGCAAUAGCUACCUUUGCAGCAUGUGCAGCCUUGUCAGCUUGUGCUGCCUUUGCAGCAUCUCCUGCAUUUGCAGCAUCUCCUGCAUUUGCGUGUGUGCUGACAUCACAUGCUGACACAUGCUGUGCUUCAAUUGCAGUCUGUGACACCAUUUCAGCAUGUGCUACUGCUGGAGCAUGUGAUGCCAUUGCAGAGUGUGCUGCCACUGCUGCAUCAUGCCUCACAAAGACAACAAUACUAACAGAGAUCGCACACCUCACAAAGAUAGCAUGCCUUGAGAAGACAGCAUGCCUCGAGAAAACAGCAAGCCUCAAUAAGACAGCACAUCCAGAGAAGACAGCAUGCCUUGGCAAGACAGAAUGCUUUGUGAAGACAGCACACCUAGCAAAGACAGCACACAUUGCAAAGACAGCAAACCUUGAAAAGACAGCACACCUUGGCAAGACAGCACACCUUAUGAAGACAACACACCUUGGCAAGACAACACACUUUGCUAAGACAGCACACCAUGCCAAGACAGCACACCUCGCCAAGACAGCACACCUCACCAAGACAGUACACCUUGACUGGACAGCAUGCCUUGCCAAGACCGCACGCCUUGCCAAGACCGCACACCUUGCCAAGACAGCACAUCUUGCCAAGACAGCACACCUUGCCAAGACAGAACACCUUGCCAACACAACACACUUUCCAAGAGAAUACGCUUUACCAAAACAGCACACUUUGUGA